UGAUUAUUUUUUGCUUGUUACGAGCAUUUGAAAAUUUUGUCCAUAAUAUCGACAUUCAGCCGUUAAAAUAACAAUUGAAGAUGUCUGAAUAUAACAGUAGAAGAUGAGACAAAGCUAAGCUAAGUAUGAGAGACGACACAACCAAAUGUGUUUUCAUGUUCAAAUCACAAACUUUUGAAUCGACGGAGCUUUUCUUGCGGACCUAGUUUUGUUCAAGAACGAACUUCUUCUCGGCUGUAAUGAUUCUAGGAGUUUAUAUGGCAAAUAUUUCAUCACUAAUAGCGUCUAUAGCCUCUUGCGUCUCGAUUUUCAAAUGCCGUGCGCUUCACUGUAAGGUAGUGAAGACUAUGAGUUACCGCCAUGGGUUCAUUGGAGACCAGCUUGUCGGAUGUUACUUGAGACUGGGUCAUGAAGUUUGCGCAGAGAAGCUGUUCGAUGAAAUGCCUGAGAGAGAUUUAGUCUCUUGGAACUCUUUGAUAUCCGGGUUUUCAGGGAGAGGUCAUCUGGGUAAAUGUUUGAAGGGUUUAUCUAAGAUGAUGAGAUCUGAUGUGGGUUUAGGGUUUAGACCUAAUGAAGUUACGUUUUUGUCGAUUAUCUCGGCUUGUGUUCAUGGAAAGAGUAGAGAAGAAGGACGUUGCGUUCACGGGCUUGUGAUGAAAUAUGGUGUGCUUGAGGAGGUGAAAGUUGUGAAUGCUCUUAUCAACUGGUAUGGAAAGGCUGGAGAUUUGAGUUCAUCUUGUAAAUUGUUUGAGGAAUUGAGUGUGAAGAAUGUGGUUUCGUGGAAUACAAUGAUUGUGGUUUACUUGCAAAACGGUUUAGCUGAAGAAGGUCUGGGUUGCUUCAACGUGAGCAGAAGGGUUGGGAAUAAGGCUGAUCAAGCUGCUUUUCUUGCUGUUCUCCGUGUCUGUGAAGAUAUUGGGGCAGUGAAAGUAGCGCAAGGGAUUCACGGGAUGAUCUUGUGUUGUGGGUUUAAUGCAAACAUGUGUAUAACGACGGCGUUAUUAGACUUGUAUGCAAAACUAGGGAGGUUGGAGGAUUCGUCUAAAGUGUUUCUUGAGAUUACUUCUCCAGAUAGUAUGGCGUGGACUGCAAUGCUUGCUGCUUAUGCCACUCAUGGUUAUGGAAGAGACGCUAUCAAGCACUUUGAGCUCAUGGUUGAUCACUAUGGUAUUAGUCCUGAUCAUGUGACCUUCACCCACUUGCUGAGUGCUUGUAGUCACUCGGGUCUUGUCGAAGAAGGGAAGCAUUAUUUCGAAACAAUGCUGGAAAGAUACAGAGUUGAGCCGAGGUUAGAUCACUACUCAUGUAUGGUUGAUCUGAUGGGUCGAUCCGGGUUUCUUCAGGAAGCUUAUGGAUUGAUCAAAGAGAUGCCAAUGGAGCCGAGUUCUGGUGUUUGGGGAGCUUUGCUUGGUGCUUGUAGGGUUUAUGGAGAUACCAAACUCGGUAAAGAAGCUGCAGAGAGAUUGUUUGAGUUAGAGCCUUGUGAUGGUAGAAACUACAUAAUGCUAGCAAAUAUCUACUCAGCUUCUGGUCAAUGGAAAGAUGCUUCAAGAGUAAGGAAUCUGAUGAAACAGAAAGGUCUUGUAAGAGCUUCAGGGUGUAGCUACAUUGAACAUGGUAAUAAGAUUCAUAAGUUUGUUGUUGGAGAUUGGUCUCACCCUGAAUCAGAGAAGAUACAGAAGAAGCUCAAAGAGAUUAGAAAGAAGAUGAAGAAUGAAUUAGGAUAUAAAUCAAGAACAGAGUUUGUGUUACAUGAUGUUGAUGAAGAUGUGAAAGAGGAAAUGAUUAAUCAACAUAGCGAGAAGAUUGCAAUGGCGUUUGGGCUUCUGGUGAUUAGUCCAAUGGAGCCAAUAAUCAUAAGGAAAAAUCUUAGAAUAUGUGGAGAUUGUCAUGAAACAGCAAAAGCAAUAUCUUUGAUGGAGGAAAGGAGACUCAUUAUUAGAGAUUCAAAGAGGUUUCAUCAUUUCUCAGAAGGCUCUUGUUCUUGCAGAGAUUACUGGUAGUAUCUCAAUUCACACCCUCUUGAAUGGUUAGUUAUACUAUUUUAACUGUAUAUGAAGAGCAUACACA